AUAUCCACAGAACACUACAGUUCCAAAUUAAUUCUGUAUCUUCUUCAACACCUGGCCUUAGAAGUUUUAAAAUACUGAUACCCAUAUCCUACUUGUUUACGUACAAUCUCUUCUCCAGAUGAGGCCCUCUUUAGUAGUUUCUCUUCUGCUGUUGUCCUUUCUCCUCCAGGAGGCUCAAGGGAUUCGUUUGGAAAAAGGAUUCAUGCAAGUUAGAGCUCAGAAAGUCCAGGGGGACAAGAGUUCUUUAAGAGAAAGAAGUGCUAAUGGUGGUGUACUUGGCGAAGCAAUUCUCUGCAAAGAAGAGCAAUGUACAGGUACCAUUACCAGUACGGAAAAAAGAGUUUCUAAAUCAGCGUCGAAGAACUCUUCACAUCACUGGUUACCAAGCAUCCAUGAAGAUUACUACGGUCCUAGGAAUCACAAACCUAAACACCACUAGUUUCUCUAGCUAGAAUGCCUGACUUUUAUUUAUUUUAGAAGUCUCUGAUGCUGGGAUUUAGAAGAUUCAAACCCUUGAUCGUAUACUAUUAGUACUCUAAAAAGGAAAUUUGUCCCCAAGAAAUUGAUUGUCAAACUUUUCAUCUUCACCGAUUAAACUAGCUUCGAUCAUUAAAUGGGGUCUUGUCCUUAAUGUUUUGAGUAGAAGCUUCACAUGAACAACGAGCAAUGAAAAUGUUGACCACACCUCAUGCAAUCAUAUAUCCUAAAUUAUUUUCUA